AUGGGGAUGAUGGGGAUGAUGGAGAUGAUGGAGAUGAUGGGGAUGAUGGGGGUGAUGGGGAUGUUGGGGGUGAUGGGGAUAAAGGGGAUGGGGAUGGGGAUGAUGGAUGAUGAUGGGGAUGGGGAUGGGGAUGAUAGGGAUGAUGGGGUUGAUGGGGAUAAAGGGGUUGAUGGGGAUGAUGGGGAUGAUGGGGAUGAUGGGGAUGAUGGGAUGAUGAUGGAGAUGAUGGGGAUGAUGAUGGGUGAUGGGGAUGAUGGAGAUGAUGGGAUGAUGGGGAUGAUGGGUGUGAUGGAGAUGAUGGGGAUGAUGGGUGGUGAGGGGGAUGAUGGAGAUGAUGAAGAUGAUGGGGAUGAUGGUGAUGGGGAUGAUGGGGAUGAUGGGGGUGAUGGGGAUGAUGGGGAUGAUGGGGGUGAUGGAGAUGAUGGAGAUGAUGGGGAUGAUGGGGAUGAUGGGGAUGAUGGGGAUGACGGGGAUGAUGGGGUUGAUGCGGGGGAUGAUGGGGAUGAUGGAUAUGAUGAAGAUGAUGGGGGUGAUGGGGAUGAUGGAGAUGUGGGGGUGAUGGGGAUGAUGGAGAUGAUGGAGAUGAUGGGGGUGAUGGGGAUGAUGGGGAUGAUGGAGAUGAUGGAGAUGAUGGGGGUGAUGGGGAUGAAGGGGCUGAUGGAGAUGAUGGAGAUGAUAGGGGUGAUGGGGAUGAAGAGGGUGAUGGAGAUGAUGGGGAUGAUGGGGAUGAUGGGGAUGAUGGGGGUGAUGGGGAUGAUGGAGAUGAUGGGGAUGAUGGGGGAUGAUAGGGAUGAUGGGGAUGAUGGGGAUGAUGGGGAUGAUGGGGAUGAUGGAGAUGAUGAUGGGGGGAUGAUGGGGAUGAUGGGGAUGAUGGAGAUGAUGGAGAUGAUGGAUGAUGAUUGA